GUUUUGUCUCGUAGUGGUGAAGUUAUUUUUAAAAUAAUUUUUAUUAUUGGUGGCCAUAAGGAAAAAAUAACACAAAAGGAAGGGAUAAAGAUGAAAUUUGUGCCGGGAAGCGUUCUCCUUAAUACAUAGAUCUGCUAAAAUAAGUAUGCAGUUCAUGCAUAUUUUGUAUGAAAUUAAGUGAAAAUUUGGGCUUGUGAAUUGGAAUAUAAGCAGAACUACAAUAAGCAAUCCGACGAAGUAUAUUUAAUUGGAAAUUGAAGUGAAGUAAAUGUGCUUAAAUUAGUGGUAUUUACGGUGGUUGUGAAAAUCUUGUGUGCGUGAGCGAACCGAGUUCAUCGGUCCAACGAAUUCGCUUGCAGUUUCGGCGGACCAAUCAGUAGUAAUCGCCACUUUAGCAGAAUCUUCGUAGAAGAACAUCAUAAGGUGACCGCUCGUCCGAUAUAGCGAGGCAGUGACCAACGUAUAAAUACUUCCACACUUGCUUUCUUCAACGGUAAAUUUUGGAUCUGUUCAACGAACUGAAAGAGCAACUGUCAAGUUGCCCCGAGAAGACCCGUGCACUCUGCCGCACUGUCCAGACGACAGUGUGGGGUGCUGUUGUAUCCUCAUUGAACGCAGCGCUUGGCGGGGGUGGCGGUGGUGCAGUCACUUCAUCAGUGGAUAGCAGUGGCGGCUCCGGCGUUUCCGGACCAGGACCCGGUGGCGGUGCGGGCGUCAGCCGCUUAGCAUCUAUAAUGGGCGCCGUCAGUUCACGUCACAUUUCUACCAGUGAUGUGCUGGUAGAGGAAGGCGGAGGUGCUGGUGGUGGUCAUGGUAAUAGUCAUGAUCACGGCAAUGGCAAUUGUUCAAUUACACAUAAGAAUGGAAUAACCACAGCAACUGGUGGUUUUCUACAGAAACAAGAUUUACAUUAUGACAUUGGCUCGAGUUCUCAGUAUCACCACGUACGCCAACCGAGUGUACGCAGUCGAAGUCAACAGCCAAUGCCCACCACGGAAGAGCUUGAUCGGCGAUUCGCAAAAGUUUUGGUAAGUCAUAACUUUAUAUUAUUUAUUAAUAUUUCUUAUAAGGGUUCUUAA